UAUAAUACUGAACAUGACUCAUGGGGAAGAGACUGGUUCUGAGACACACCAGGAUACCGCUGUUUUAACCUAUUUAGAAGGCUUACUCAUGCAUCGAGUGGCAGGAGCACAAGGUGCCACGGCGACACAGCGAUGCGACGCCGGGCAUGACAACCAGGGUCAGGACAACAAGGGAGCCGGAGGAGUCACGCAGCCAAAUCAAGGCCCUCAGCAGGAACAGGACAAAGCAGUCCCACAUGGCGGAUCCUCACAGCACCUCAAAAAGGCCAGGCUGCUUUGCUCAGAGGCCUGGACUGAACAGAAGAAGUCAGGUCCCCCUGUGGAGUUAAGAGGACAAAAUGAUGAUGAUGACGAUGAUGAUGAUGAUGACGACCCCAGUGGACUGAAUGGCUCUCCCAAUUGUAAAGGAGAGAGCACUCUGCUGGCUAAUCUUCUCCAGUCCUUCAGCUCCCGCCUUCAAAAUGUUGCUCUGUCGCAACAGAUUGUCCAAAGCCUGAGGCAGCAGGAUGCCUCUAGCCAGAUCAGCAAGGCCGCCCAUGAGGACAAGACUGUCACGUCUUGCCACAGACCUGCAUCCAAUCACCUGAAGGGACUGAUAAAGAAAAGCAAAACGCAGAACCAUAUCAACAGUGUGCCUUAUCCUUGCCGACCGGCCAGUCAGGACAGACUCUCAGAGUCUCCAAAGAAACUGCAGAGCAAUGCUCAGUCCUCCGCCUCCUCCUCUUCCUCCUCCUCCUCCUCUCCCUCCUCAGACUCCAUGUCUUGUGCUGAGCGUCUCAAAGCUGUGGCCAACCUGGUGAACAUCAGAUCCAGUCCUGCUCCAUCGCCCAAGCCCAGUGUCGCCUGCAGUCAGCUAGCCCUACUACUGUCCAGCGAGGCUCACCUUCAGCAGUACUCGAGAGAACAUGCCCUAAAAGCCCAGCUCUCUGGGCGGUCGGCCAGCCAGAGGCUCGCUGCCAUGGCCACGCAACACCCACAGGAUAAAAAACAGACCACCACUGCCACACAACCUCAGAUGACCACGGAAACACUAAGCUCCUUACGUAGCAAAAAUGGGACACCCCCCCAAAUGUCAACAAGCUCUGGCAGACUGAGCCUAACUUCUGGGCAAAGCCUGGCGGCUCGGUCUUCACCAGCAAGUCAUCAUUUACGAGGGAGGCGUCCAUUUGAGAGACACGGCAGCAGGCCAACACCAAACUGCAGUAGCCUCCUCCUUCAGCUUCUGAACAACCACAAUACAAAGCACUGCAUCAAUGGACAGGGUCACCUGAAGGAGGACUCUAGCACCCUCAGGAGACAAGAAUCCCCCUCGCUUUCUGACAGCGAGCACUCAAACCCUGACAGCAGUCUUCACAGUGAUGCUGAAAGCGUCCACUCUACUUGUUCUCCUAUUGACCUUUCUUUAAAGAAUAGAGCCAGUGCACCAACAGUAUCAUCAUCAUCCUCUCCUGUUCUGGACAAACCCAUGGAGUCUCAGCUGAACAGGUUAAAGCCUGAGACUCCCCAUACAGUGGUCACUGUAGAGUCCAGAGACCUUGAUAGAAGCCCAGAAAUGAAACCUCACCAUAAGGUUACCCUUUUGGAGUUGCUCCUGGAUCAUAAGAAUAAUGAGAAGGUAAACAAAGGUCUGCUUAAUCCAGAUUUACAGCCUGCCAUAAUCCCUAAGGCCUCCAGUGCAUCUACGGUCAGACAAGCUUUCGUCACCACAAGAGCAUGUGAGGAGAAAAGGACAAUGAGCCCACUGCAUGAGCUAGGGAGUAGAAGUCCUCAAAUCUUACCUACAUUCCCUCACAGGAGAGACUCCAACAGUACUGCAUCUCCAUACAUCAUAUAUGGCUCUCCCCCAGCACAGUCUAUGCCUCUGGAUCUUUGUAAAAAUAAACCACUCGUUAGUAAAAGCAGUGUCAAAGGACAAGCUUUCAGUGCCAGUAAACUGUUGCAGAAUUUAGCUCAGUGCGGAAAACAAAUUGCAAGCCCUUCUCCUCUCUCGACGUCUUUCCCCCCUGGUAAAAGGAAAAUGCAAGAAUUGAAUGUCGACCAUUCUGCGACUUUACUGGAAAGGCUUACUGCUCCAGUGCAGAGGAACAACACCCCAGCGUCAGAGGGAACCCAGGUGAGGGCUCCAGUUGCACCGGAAUCCUCCCAAAACGUGUCAGAGAUUGAGAAUCUCCUAGAGAGACGUACAGUACUUCAGCUUCUUUUGGGAAAUGCUUCCCAAAAAGAACGGACCGAUAGAAAGCGAAAGAGAGACACAGGUUACAGUACCUGUUUUGAGAAGCAGCCCAAUCAGACAAAUAGCCUUUGUCACCUUAACGGAGCAUAUUUGAAUGUUCCAGUUAAAACUGAGGCAGUCGAGGAGGAUCAUGAGAGUGAUAAUGGCAAAGAGACCAAAGAGUGCCAGAGUGUACCUCUGGAGGCUGGUAGCAGACAGAGCCAAAAUCCCCUUAGCCACAAAAUUAUUAAACAAGAACCACUGUCCCCGGAGGUCAUGCCCAAAGAUGGCAUUCUCAGUCACCUUCUAAAGCAACAGGCUGGAGCCAUUCCUCAAGACACACCAGAGGACUCAAACCAUGGCAUCACUAAGAUAGAACCACACGAAUAUCAGGGUCCAACCAUCCCUAAGAAGCGGAAAUUUUCAGUGGAGCCAGAGGACCACUUUGAAGUGUGCCAGUCAGGGGGAACUUCAGAUAGAUCCUGCAACCAAAAGAUUAGCAGAGAUUGCUCUACUUCUGGGAGACCUGAGAGCCUUGAGCCCAAAGAGCCAUCAAGCCCACCUGAAGCAGACAGUCCUCCAGCAAGGUUUCCUCCAGUUGAGUCCCCUCCCAGUGACAGCCAAGGUUUCAACGUGCUCAAGCAGCUCCUUCUUUCAGACAACUGCUUGAAGGAGUUGUCUCAGCCAAGGAGUACCUUUAGUCCUCCCAUGGAUCAGGGCAGGCUUGAUAGGAGCACAAUCAAGACACCGAGACACAACAGUGAACUUAUGGGCUUUCAAAAGGACCAGAAUCACAGCAAGAUUUCUGCUGGGCUAGAAGGUAACACCAGUCCAGAAUCUCCCCGGGGUGCACUUGGGACACGUUGGGAGUCUCCUAAGUCAAAAGCUGAGGCCAUGAAAGAGGACACAAAGGAUUCUGUGAAAGGGGAGGUAGGUGGAGAGGAAAAACAGGACUGCCAACCUGACUCUCCACGGCUGACUAAGGCCAAUCCAAUUUUGUACUAUAUGCUUCAACGGGGUAAUGUUCACUUGGUGAAAGAGAGCAGAGAGUAUGAGUCAGGGGUGAGUCAAUGCAGAAUGCAGUUAAAGGUGAAAGAAGAGACUGUAUCUGACACUGAGGCCUUUGACUAUUCACAGAACCUGAAACAAAACUCACAAAAUCACAAGAGCCGUGACACAGCGCGGCUUAACGGGUCAUUGAAAAAAUCUUAGUUACAGUAGUGAGAAACUGUUGUUAGAGAGAAGAACUGUCCUUGAACUGAAUGUGGUUCACUUUGUGUCUGGCUAGGUUUUUUUAUGUUCGUUUGUUUGUCGCUAGAUGGAAACGGAAUCUCUGAAAAAUCUUCAGUUGCAUUACAAAGCUACCCAAUGUUGACCACAGAUUAACUCUGGAGCACUCUCCAGGGCAGUAUUUUGAAAGGUUACAUAUAGUUACUGCAUUAAAUGAGGCUUACAUUUGAAAUUCGUGCUUAAAAUGCAAACAUGUUUUACUGACAUAACUAUGUGUCGUUAGUAGCAUUUAUGUUGUUUCAUAUGUACUUCAUGGCAUGUAUACAGACAUGUGUGCACCACAAACGUUACGAUUUGCAGAGAUUGAUGCCGUAUUGUUGGUGCUGAGGUUCAACAAUUUAAACCAAGUUUUUACACCUAAUCUGCAGAUCACAAAUAAGUGAAUUAUUCCCCCAACUAUUCUGGAUAGUUUGGAAUAGAUAUGCUUAAGAUAUUUAAAUAUGACUGAUAUGUCAUGUUUUUUUUUGAUCUGCCAAACUUUGGUUUUAUUGAAGGAUUCAAUGAAAUGAGAAAUAUGGUGAAUAACAGUAGGUUUAAUAUGGUCCUCUUAUAGACAGGCUGGGUUUCAGUCUAUUGAGAUCUAUGAAAUAUGCUAUAUUCCCUUUUUUCCAUAUUACAUUAUGUUAUUGUCAUGUUUUCAUUGAUUGCACCAGUAAUAAAACACAGUUUCUUAUUAGCUUACAUUUUAGUAAUAAAUAAAAAAAUGCCUUUUUUAUUUAUUACUUUUUAAGGCUGUUUUGAUUCUAGGCAUAUAACAGUGCCAAGUGGAGACAGACUUCUCUUUGGUCAGCUGGAGUGUAGUAGUCUGUCUAAAGUAAUCGACAGAUCUUGGCAGCUGCAUGUUUCUUUUGUACGGGAAAAAAAAAAAAAUGAAUGUGCUAGCUAAUCUGACUGACAAAUCAAGACAGAAGUCUUUUCGUGGUCUGUGCUGACCUAAGGGUGACCCCUUCAGUCUUAUGGGUGUGUUAGCAAACUGAAGGUUAAACAAUGGAACGAGUGCCAUUCCCCUCCGACAUAAUUAUGUUUUUGCUUAUGUGACAUUACGGAGUCUUAUGUUUGACAUAUGGACGUGUUAUUUUGUUUCUUUUCCUCUCUUGGUGUAAAAGACUCGUUAUAAACUAAAAUUUUAUGUAAAUAGCGUUAUCUUUGAGAGACAGCUAUUUUGUACAGAAUGAAAAUUUGAAAAAACAAACAAACAAAAAAAACAAAAAAAGUUUAGUUUUGAAAUUUUCCUAUAGAAAGUACACAAGUGAGCGCUGUGUGCUAAUGUACAGAACUUAAAAAGAUUUUUUUUUUGAGUCCUUAUUUUGCAUGUGUCCCAAGGUAAAACUGAAAAAAAAAAUCUGUUAUGCAACAUGUUGUGUCAUGUCAGAUAUUCUCCAGUCCGCUGCUGGCUGUUUGCAUGCAGAUGCAUGUGAAGGAUCCCUGUGUUAUUACAGGACACAGGAAGAUUCUAAUGACGUCUUAAGCAUAUGUUGUUUUCUUUCUUUCUUUCUUUCUUUCUUUCUUUUUUGACAUGGAGCCGAUUACAUAAUAUUGUGAACUGUCUGCUAAUGGAAAAAUAAACUGAGUAAAGUAAGAGUAUUAAAACUUUUGAAACUAAUGUGGAUACAGAUAUUUAUUUUGUUUUUAUUCUUAUUUUUUACAACCCAAAAAAAAAGAGAAAACCCAAGCAGGUUGAACAAUCAUGGUAUGUAGAAUA